GGGACAAGAUCAUGACGAUGUUCGAAUCGGGAGGGAUAUGAUCCCUCUUCAUCAGCUGGGCGGGGAGGAGCGGAGGCAAUUUCGUAGUUGGUCCAGAUCUGGUGUCGGCGUUGUAGUCUUCUAUGGUCUCGGAGAAUGUUCGUAACGUACAAUCUGAACAUGAGCUCGGAGUCGUCCAACUGCGGCGGUUCGGGAAUCUUCCUUCAGCCGGGCGAUCGUCGUCUUCCUCGGAUCUUCUUGUUUCUUGUUGCCGUUUCUUUUUGAUCGAAAAGCUUUUUUUGUUGUUGCCAAAAGGCCAACAAUGUGCCGAGCGAGCCGGUCAAUGAUUAGCGAUCGACGGGAAGGGGAAGAAUCCGCUUGUUGGAGUACUACUAGUAGCCCGUCCACCUAUGGUCACUACCUCAUCGAAGCUACAUCAUCGCUCGAUCUUUCAGUGAUUUAUCGAUUAGGCGAUACACAAAUCGCAUACUCGAAGCUGCUCACAUACGCUAUAGUGGUUUUCACCAUGCCUAAAGCUCCUUCCGUCAAACAAGAAGCCCAAUCCUCGGACCCUUACAAGACCCCUCCUCCCGGUCGACAACCCUCGACCUCCUCUUCUCCCGUAAAGAAAGGAUCCCCAACCAAGAAAGAGUCUCCAUCAAAGAAAGGCGGUCCGGCGGGACAGGUUCCUGUGGAUGAGAUGGCGGCGAAGAAGCUCAAGAUCGUGACCAUGAUCUUUGAUUACGCCAAGGGUUUAAAGGCGGAAGAUAUCGCGGCCGAGGUCGGGAUGACGACUCUCCAGGUCAAGAACUUGCUUCAGGUCGGGAGGCCUUCCAAUUUGCGAUACAAGGUGUUGGACAAGGUGGCUCGAGGGGAAUGUUAGCUGGUCGGAUGCUUUUCCGGAGAAUGGAUAUGCUUCCGGUUGUUGAUGUUGUCGUUGUGAAAGUGGACCGAACUCGUGGAUGUUCAUAUACGGUAUUGAUAGCUACACGACAUGCUUGG